AGAUCAAGCCCAAUAAUGCAGCUAUCUUGCUUUAAUACCUUUGUGUAUUUUCUAUCAAUAUAAGUUAAAUUAAAAAAAAUGGAGGACGUGAAUUUAUCGAAGAAAAAUAAAGGACCUUUAAUUGAUCCAGCACUAUGUCGUUGUUGCCGUUCUAUAAAGAAAUGUCGGCUUCUAACAACAGAAUACGAAUUCAUGGGAGCAAAGGAAGUGUAUUCGGAUAUGUUUAUGGAUGUGUUUGGAUUACUUCUAUCACACUUAGAGGACGAGAGCAAAGAGUCUUGUAUAUGCGCGACGUGCGUAUCUCGUCUCCGUGAAGCGUGUGCGUUCAGGCGUCAAGUGCUUCAGUCGGAGCAGAUGUUUAUAGAGGCACGGCUACAGAGUAAAGAUGAAACUGACCAGAAUGUCAAAAUAGAAAUAAAAACGGAGCCGGCCUGUGAUGCCGACUCCAAUGAUGUCACAGACAUACAAGACGACCGUUAUGAUGACGAUUUAAAUAUAAAACUGGAUUCACAAACGUCCACAGAUGAAGAUAAUGUUAAACCGAGCCUCCCUCUAAAGAAAACUAGAAAUACCCAGAAGAGCAAAGUUUGUAAGGAAUUGAGAAGCGGCGGGAAAAUGCACAGAUUGAGGUCAAAGCUGGAUAAAUUGUUGAAAACAGAUUCGCCGCCUCAGAAAAAGUUACAAUUAAAAAAACAAGCCAUCGAUCACGACCAAAUGGCGUUCACGAAUACAAUCACAAUCGUUCACAAUUCAUACGUUUGUCCAUUUCACAAUCGCAUCAGCUUCUAUUAUUGUUACUAUUGCAAGGACCAAUUCACGAAUCCGAACGAACUCAGAGAGCACACACUAUCCCACGACCCGAAGGAACUGUUCGAGGAUACGACGGAAAAUAAAAAAACUCCAAAAAUCGAUAUCACGAGAAUCGAUUGUAGAUUGUGUCCGGAAAAAAUCGACGAUCUCGACACAUUCAAGACGCACAUCACUAACGUACACGGGAAGGUCAUCUAUCCUGUCACGAAUGAAUUUUUGAAGUUUCGUCUGACAUUAAAUAAUUUGACAUGCACAGAGUGUAGUAGUGUAUUUCCUUAUUUCGAUUCCCUAAAAAAACACAUGAUCGAUCAUUUCGGUACAUUUACUUGUGACAUGUGUGGCGCGUGCUUUCUAGAACAGGCGUCGUUGAGAACGCACAUUAAAACCCACAAUAAAAUCGAUGUUAAUUUUCCGUGCGAGAUAUGCGGUAAGAAUUUGAAAUCGAAAUACAGUCGAAGUUUACACGUCGCGACGGUCCAUGAAAAGAAACCUUUUGUCAAUUGUUACAAAUGCGACGCGACAUUUCUUUCAUACGCGUUGCGCAACCGACAUUUGAUCGAAGUUCACGGCGACAAGCGCACGUUUCCUUGUAAGUUGUGUGAUAAAGUUUACAAUAGACGUAAGACGCUGAUGGAACACAAUCGCCGUAACCAUUUGAAAGUGUACCGACAUCAAUGCGAUCUGUGCGAUCAAAGGUUCUAUCUACCAUCUCGUUUGAAGGAACACAUGGCGACUCAUACGGGAGAGAGGAAUUUUAGGUGCGAAUUUUGUGAUAAAAGUUAUCCGAGAUUGCAAUCUUUGCAAGAACAUAUACGAUCCCAUAGCAGUGAAAGGAGGUUUAAGUGCGAUGUUUGUAAUACAGCGUUCACACAUAGCGGGAGUCUUAAAAAUCAUAUGAAAAGUAAUCACCAAGUGUUCGAAAUGGAAGGUUAUAAUUGAUGUAAGCGAAAUUUAGUUCAAUUUCCAAAAUAUAGUGGCGGGAAAAUUUAAUGACACUGACAUUUGGUAAACAGAUUAAAGAAAACUUUUUAAAAAUAUUUGCGCUUAAAUGUACA